AUGUCCGCUCCUCGAACAUCUUUCCUCCAUCCCGAUUCGGCAGACCGCCAUGGCCCGUCCAGUCCUGGCUCCUCGUCGAUGUCGGCUAACAACGACGGCAACGACCCCUAUGCGCCAAAGCCCACCUACGCGACCUUUUCCCCCGUAGCCGCCCUGUCUGGAGCCUCGACAGCUUCUUCAGCAGCGAAACGGCGCAGCGUCAUCCUCGUCCACCAAAAGUCGCCGUUACUGCUUGCGACACCUCCACAGAUCACUCGUGCGCUCGCCUACAGCCACCCAUACCUGCUGCCCCUCAACAAGCUUGCCGGACUGCUCAGCUGGACCACGGGUGAUGCCUGGGAGAGCUUUGUGAUGGUGCUUGUCUGGUGGGGGCUUGUGCUGUACGGCGACUCUGUCAUCCGUGCGGCUGGUCCCAUACUGCUUGUUCUCACACUGAUCGCAGGCAUCUACUUCUUUUUUGGCUACGGCGCCGGUGGCGCAAACGGCACAGCGUCAAAGACCGGGCGCGAUGCGGCUUCGACCAAGAGCAGAUCGAGGGCAAAGAACCAGAGCAUCGACAGCUCUGGCGCGAGCACAAAGUCUGCCAGCAAGGGCAGCCACAGUGGCAGUCUUGCUCCGGCCAACGCUUCUGGACAUCAGCGCAAUGUCUCGGAGGUUGUCACGCAUACGCGCCACCAAAAGACGCUGGACGAGAUUGUGGGGACGCUGAAGGAGUUCACGGCCCGCUGUAACCUGCUGUUGGAGCCGCUGCUAGAGCUGACAGACUUCCUGUCAACGCAAUCCACACCCAUCAGCGCAACGACACGACCGGCCCUGACGGUCCUCUUUGUGCGCAUUCUUCUCUGCACACCCAUCUGGUUCUCCCUAACGCUGCCACCACUGCGUAUUAUCACCACUCGACGUACAAUUCUGGUCUUUGGCACGGUCAUCUUGACGUGGCACUCGCAGGCCAUGCGCGUAAGCCGGACGAUACUGUGGCGAAGCGCAACGGUGAGGAGGGGGGCAGCGUUGGUGACCGGCCUGGAGUUCGAUGCGCCUGUAAAGGCGACAAAGGCUCCGUCGUACGUGACCGCCGGUGGCCCCGAUGCGCUUGCCGAGUCAGGAGCGACGCCGGCAGCGGCAGCGGCAGCGGUGCAGUCCAAACUGUCAAGCACACGACGUCCUCGAGGACCAUCGACGCCGCGCGAGUCGGAGCUCACAAAGGCCAUUAGGAGGGCCAGGGCGGGUCACGACGCGGGCGUGCGGUUCACAUUCAUCUUGUAUGAGAACCAGAGGCGGUGGGUGGGCCUGGGAUGGACGACGAGUCUGUUUACAUACGAGCGGCCGUCUUGGACAGACGAGCACAACAAUGCAGUGCCUUCCAAGGACGACUUUGAGCUGCCCGAGGUGGAGGACGGCAGCAAGAUGUGCUGGCGAUGGGUGGAGGGCAGUCGGUGGCGUGUUGAUGGGGUCGUCGAUGACGCGGUGCGGAUCGAGAAAACCGGGGCGUUUGGCGAGCACACCGACACGUGGGACUACGACGGUGAUGGUGGACGGAUGGGAUGGGUGUACUACGACAACAAGUGGCAAAACGGGCGGCGAGGCCAAGACAGCUGGAACCGAUGGACGCGCCGGCGGAAGUGGUAUCGGGAUGCCGAGCUCGUCGAGGUGGACGCCGAGGAUUCGCUCACGCCCGACAGUGAGGCCAACAUGUCGACGCCGACACUGUCGUCGCAGCAGUCGACACCACAAGCGCGGGGGUCGUCGCCGGCACCGUCACAUUCGGGAAUUGCGACGGCCUGGAUGGGUGCUAACGGUACUCUGGAAAAGCGGAAGAGCGGUGACAGCAGCGGCGACCAUGACGAAGUGGACACCGAUGCCAUAUCGCUGAUGUCGACGUCAUCGAGGUCCGGGCGCAAGAGGCCGUCUCUGCGACGGCGGGUAACGGAUGCCAGCGUGCGGGGUUCGGCGGCACCCACGGUAACGACGACGGCCACGGCGAUGGCCAUGUCGACUAACGCAAGGCGGGACGGCGACGGUAUGGGCGAAGAGGACGCGGCAAUGCUGAGCUCCAGCGCCGGGGUGAAGCUGCAUGAGCCUCGGGUGGGGAGCUGGGGCAUCGGUGACGAGGCCCAGAUGAGCUUGGAAUAA